AUGGACAACACUGACGACAGUGACAAAUAACACGAAAUUCAUAAUUCACUUACGAACAUAUGUAGUUAAUACACUUUUAUUAUAUGUAGUAUUUAAUACUAUAAUAUUUAUGCCUACGAAUACUAAGAAGAGAAUUAAAUACUAAAUUUUUAUAAAAAAAUAAGGAACGAGCAAAAAAAUAUAUUUAAAAUUUAAAAUUUCACUAUGGCGAUGAGAAAAAGAAGUGGCUCUGGAUCAAAGAGACACUUAAAAGAGAAGGUUGUACAAAUUUAUGAAUCGUUCUUUCGAGGAGAGGACUUAACGACUGAUAACCCUACUUUUUGGGAUGAAUUCUUUCUUCUGAAGCCAAAAAUACCACAGCUGGAAGCAGAAAUACACAAACUGUCCACAGAACAGCUGAUAAACAUGAAAGAAAGUAUGAAUAUAUUGGUUGAACAGUGUAUAGAAAUGUUGAGACAAGACCAUCAUAUAAGGUUGCUUUAUGCUUUACAAACAUUAAGUGCAUUACUCAUUACUAUGUAUCAAAGACUUGAACAGGAUUCAAACAUAAACAUCAAAACUAUAAUGAUUGGGCAAGAGAAUGCUGAUACUAAAAUGGUGAAAUUAUUUGAACAAUGCAGUAUUAUACUAUCAGGUGAUGUUCAUGAGAGCUUAAAGUCAAUGGUUCUGAAGCUCUUGCUUAUUAUAGCAACUGGAAUAGAAAAUAUAGAUGAGAAUCCUUUUGUGGAGUAUUUCAUGUCAAACUGUUUGUUUGAGCCAUUGAUACAGCUGCUUUGUACCACUACAGAAAGGCAACAGCAUGGUUAUGAUGUAGUUAUGUUACUGAUGUUUUUGAUAAACUAUAAGAAGCAUGAAUCAACAAAUCCAUAUGUUGUUAAACUUUCUAUAUUAGAUGAUGAGCUGGCUUUGAACGGCUAUGGCCAAGUAAUAACGACAGCUUUGAAUGACUAUGUAAUGUCAGCAUUCGGUGGUAUGCAAGGCAACGGGGGUGGAGGUGGUUGGUUGUCAUCUCUAACUAGCAUGGUUGGGGGUAUAUUCCUAACAAAUGAUGAACAACAACCUUUAGCCAGGGGACAAAGGAACAAUGGGGCCGAAGAAGGAAUGCUCCUGGCUAUGUAUGAGGCUUCGCAUUUAAAUCGGAAUUUUAUGACGACUUUGGCACAUUCGUCUUCAACGACGGCGUCGUCAGCGCCACCAUCGCCCCCAGCGACGUUACCGCCUCACCAGAGUCCACCGAACCUCGCUCAAAUACAAGCCCUGGACAAUGAUCAACCAACGAAUUUACUAGUCACAUUCUUUCAGUAUUGUUCAAUCAUAAUGGCGGACACCAGGAGCGAAAGUAGUAUUAACAAGUGCAGUCUUUGUUUUAUCACUUUAACGUGCAUCGUGGAGGACCAAUUUGCUAAUUCAAUUAUGCACGACCAAAACCUCACUUUUAAGGUACAAUUAUAUAGACUUCCGAUGCGUCAUAGGAAAAUAGUUCUUGAGGAACCACCGUCACAACCGUUGGCGUCUACUUUAAUAGAUCUUUUAGUCGAGUUCAUAAUGUGUCACCUGCUGAAGAAGUUCCCCGGCGAGCUGUAUAGCCUGUGCGUGGGCGUGCUCCUCCGGCUACUGAGCUACCAGAAGCGGUGCAAGGUUCGUCUGGCGCGAGACUGGCGACCUCUGUGGGCCGCACUCAUAGCGCUGCUCAAGUUCUUGGUCACCAAUGAAACCGCGUUACUGAAGCGACACAAUAUCUUCAUAAUGGCGCAACAGGUGGUGAACAUUUUCAACUUAUUUAUAACAUUGGGCGACACGUUCCUACCCACUCCGGCAUCGUACGAUCAAUUAUACUACGAGCUAAUUAGAAUGCAUCAAGUUUUCGAUAAUCUAUUUUAUAUGGCUCUGCGGUACUCCACCGGCGACGGCGAAUAUAAAGCCGAAGCGUUGCGACUGGCCAAUUGCUUAGUGAACGUGCGCGCCAUCAUCCAGCACUUCUCCGUGAAGAUAGAAGCGUGGCUCGACCAACAGAAUCUGUCGACUCCCUCCGAGGAGCAGAUACUGGAAGUGGUACGCAAGAACUACGACAGCCUGAUACUGAAGCUACAGAAGGGACUCGAGAGCUAUGAACGCUAUUCGGAGCAAGAGCACUGGCCGCUGCUGGCGAGGACGGUGCGGGCGGCGCGGAGGAGGGGGGACGCCAGCGCGCUGCAGCAGCACUCCGCCGCCGCGCUCCACCACUACACUGCCGCCCCGUGAUGAGCUCCGGGACACUCCCCGCCCGGUCAGACGCUAAUGUAAUCGGGAGCUCUAUUUAACUGGUCACCGGUGUCCUAUGUGGCGUACUGAAGUAAUUAUCUCGACUAACCUUAACUAAUAGGUGAGCUCACGGGGCACAAACCUGACGAUGUUGCUAACACGAACCUUACGGAAUCGGAUCGGAAACGCGACCCACUGAGAAGAUCCGGCGAGAAACUCAGUGAGCUGUGUCUAUGGGGAAACAUAUUAUUGUGGUUUAAAGUAAAACUAAAUUUAUCUAAAACAUUAAUGAACUUUAUCGUGAAAGUUGUAAUAAAUUUAAUUUAAUAUAGCAAAUAAUAAAUAAUGAGGUCAAUAAUGUGACAAUCAAAUGGAAUAAUUUAACUUUGAUAAUAGGUGUGUUUUACUUGUCGAAGAUUGAUUAUUUCACUCACACUGUCAUCAAAAUGCGAUAGUAAUGUAUUUGGAUGUUCAAUGUAUAGGUUCUAUUUAUAAGUCGGGUUGGACAAUCGACUCAAAACGCUACCUACAGGUUUCGUUCUGCUGUGACGUCACAAGUCUGUGAGGCUAAUGGAGAAGACAAAAAAGUUCUUAUUUUUCAAAUUUGUCGUUAAAACAGCAGAAUGCGGCUAAAUGCAAACUUCAUUUUAUGUGACGUCAUUCGGGGCCAUAUCACAAGCUAAUCAUAGAAUAUACAUUAAAAUACAUCAGUUUCUAGGUAAAAUAUAAAAAAAAAUAUAGUUGUUUUAAAAUAUAUUUACCAUUAAUAUUUUACAAAUUGCAUUUGCGUUGUAGAUGUCUAUGGACUCCGGUGACCACUUAACACCAGGUGGGCUGUGAGCUCGUCCACCCAUCUAAGCAAUAAAAAAAUAUUUAAAUGCCCAAUUGUUGUAUUGGGCUUUAAUCUUGAAAGCUUAAGUAGUAACUAACUUAUUACAAGACUGACGUUUAAGGGGUCGGCAACAUUACGGCGUAUAUUAUACAGCGUAUAACUUUAGUGAGAUUUUCUAAAAGGCUUCGUGUAUGUAAGAAUUGUAAAAAGUGGAAAGUUUAACUGCAUUUGUUCGACAGAGGGCGCCUUGUCGUAAAUUUCAAAUUUUAACGCGCUACUAAAGAUAAUGUGACCCUACUGUUAUGAAUGAUAUGAGUUUAUUGAACUAAAUGUAAAAAGUGUAUUGUAGUUAUAGUAAGCGGCACGUAAGUUGGCAAGGUUUUGGUGUAGUAGGGGUAAUGUCGCGCAUAGUGCACGUUGCAACAAAAAAUGGUCACUUUUAUUGCGUGAAUAUAAUUUUAUUUUAUUCUUUUUUUAUUUGCCAUAAUUUGUUUUUAAGCCUGUGUGUUUAGAAGAAAGUUAAAGAAAAGAGAGGAAUUCGUGAAGUGUAUUAGGUGUAUAAAAUACAAUUAAAAGUUAAGAAGUUUAUUUUAAAAUAUACUAAAUAUUAAAAAUUAUGUGUCGCCGUCGUCACUAUCAUUUUCUAAUAGUGCUACCCCUUGGAUUAAAUUUAUGGUAGCACCUGAGCUGGUGGAAGGAGUUAGCUCCUCAUCGUCGACAUAACGAAGAGUCGCUGUCGUCACUGGCGUAAAUAAUUUUUCACUGGUGGUAGGACCUCUUGGGAGUCCGCACGGGUAGGUACCACCACCCCGCCUAUUUCCGCCGUGAAGCAGUAAUGCGUUUUGGUUCGAAGGGUGGGGUAGCCGUUGUAACUAUACUGAGACCUUACAACUUAUAUCUCGAGGUGGGUGGCGCAUUUACGUUGUAGAUGUCUAUGGGCUCCGUAACCACUUAACACCAGGUGGGCUGUGAGCUCGUCCAUCCAUUAAAGCAAUAAAAAAAAUAAAAAAAUAAAAACGCUCAGUGACUGAAUCGACUAUAUGGUCAUUGGUAUUUGGUCCUGGCAUUGCAAACAAACUUAAAACAAUAACACUCGUAACAAAAACUAAAUUUAAAACAAUAAUAACAACUCGUAACAAAAACUCAAUAUAAACAAAGGGUUCCUACAACUUUAGUAGGCGCAUGUGUAACCGGGAGCGAACGGAACGUGGACGCGGUGCGGGAGGGAAGGGUCGACUGACUCACCAAUCGCGCGCUCGGAACGGUGCUACGUCUUUCCCCGCGUCCCGCUUGACAACCAAAGAGACCUAAAAAACGACUUCUGCGCAUCUAACGACUCUUGUCAAGUUACGUGCCGGGGACUAUCCUACGCAUUUAAAUAUUUCAUAGUUUUAUUUUUUUAAGAAGACAAAUAUACAUAUUUGUCUUCUUAAAAUUUAUUUCUUUUAUUUUAAAUUAUUAUUUAUUUUGUAAUCAUAAACCAUUUCAAUGUAACCAUUAAUGUAAAACAUUGAAAUAAAAAUAUUUUUUGCAAA